AAACCACUAAACAGCAGUUGUCACCAAACCGUCCAUCGAGACUGACGAAUAUGUAUCCGCUCACCGCUACCUAUUAUGAUGCAAAAGAAAAAAUAUGGUCUGGACCCCAGCGAAAAGAUUUCUAUAACAAGGACAUAACAUUGGGAGAAGUUAUCUUUGAAGUUCUCAGCAAAUGCCCGGAUAAGGUUAUACAGAUUCACGAUGUGACGCAGGAGAAAUUGACGGCCCAACAGUUAUUGGAUCACUCGCGGGUGUUGAGUAAAAAUCUCCUUAAAUUAGGUCUCAAGAAGGGUGAUGUUAUUGGCCUGAUGGCCAGCAAUUGGACACAUGUGACGACACUGAUGUUGUCUUCGUUUGUUUGUGGCACCCCCGUGAAUGCUCUGUAUCAGAGUUUUGAUAAAGAUUCUGUUGCCAUGGUCUAUAAGGUCACCCAACCCAAGGUAUUAUUUUGUGAUGCCGAAAACUAUAAAACUGCCUUGGAGGUCAACAAUCAGCUGCAGCUGAAUGCUCCCAUAUUCGUAAUGAAUGAUAACGACGUUGUGGAGGGUGUUGGACAUAUCAAAGAUCUGUUGAAGGUGGAAAAUGAUAUGAGCGAUAAGGAAAAUUUUAGAUUCCCUUGUUACGAAUUGAACGGAGAUGAUACAGCUAUGCUGUUGUGUUCCUCUGGCACCACUGGGACCCCCAAAGGAGUUAAAUGCUCUCAUCGAGCAUUGCUCAAUCAGAAUGUAUUUCUAACCCUCAAACCCGACUCGUUGACAUUCACCUUCAGCGCCAUGUAUUGGGCCUCCGGUCUGUGGACAUUGGUGCAUUCUUUAAUUCUCGGUUCGCUGCGCAUUGUUACCACUCGGCCCUACACCCCGGAAUAUUUACUCGACUUGGUGCAGCAAUACAAAAUUACCCAUGUUCUUUCGAAUAAUCAGUAUAUGGCUGAAUUGGCACAAUAUGAAGAUGUGCCAAAGAUACAAAAGUGCUUGGAAUCCAUUGAUACUCUGCUGGUGGGCGGUGCCAAGGUCACCUUGGGCCUGCAGGAGAAAAUGCAUCACAUUUUAGCGAAGAAUCUAAAACGGCCCGGCUUUGCUGUGGCCUAUGGCAUGUCCGAAUUGUCUGGAAUGUUGACGAUUAAUGGCGGCUAUGUGACAGAACGCCUAGUGGGCUCCGAGGGAAAAAUUCUUGCCAACAAAAAAGUGCGUAUAAUCGACAAACAAGGCCAAGCAUUGGGGCCUAAUCAACAUGGAGAGAUUUGUAUUUACUCACCCUAUCCAUGGUACGGUUAUCACAAUAACGAGGAGGCCACGCACAAGGCUAUGCGUGAUGGAUGGCUGUACACCGGAGAUAUUGGCUAUUUCGAUGAAGAAGGUUUCCUGCAUGUCUGCACCCGAGACAAUGAUGUCUUUAAAUCGAGAAAUUUCCAAAUCUAUCCACAACUCAUCGAAGAGGUUAUCUAUCGUUUGGCGGGCAUUGCUGAAGUCUGCGUUUUCGGUAUUCCAGAUCCGAUUGCUACGCAUUUGACGUCUUGUGCUGUGGUACGUUCCCCAACGGCAGAGGGCUUGAAGCUGUCAGCCAAGGAAAUCGAUCAACAUGUUAAGGCCCAUAUGGGCAGUAUGUACCACUUGGCUGGCGGUGUUUAUUUUGUAGAUGCCAUACCGAAGACCGGUUCGGGUAAAGUCCAGAGAGCCAAGGUGUUGGAGCUUGUUAUGAAAAUGAGAGAAGAAAAGGCCUCAGUUGUGGGCGAACUUAACAUUGAAACGGUGACAGUCAUGCUGCAUCCAUUGACGGCCACCUACUAUGAUCCAGAUCGCAAGAUCUGGUCUGGACCUCAGCGUAAGGAUGUGUACAAUGAAAAUAUAACAUUGGGCGAAGUGAUCUAUGCAACGCUCUCGAAACAUCCACAAAAAAUCAUACAAAACCAUGAUGUUAGCGGUGUGAAGCUGACCUGUGCUGAGCUACUGCAUCAGGCCAAGGCAUUGGCAAGGAAUCUUUUGAAGUUAGACCUCAAAGUGGGCGAUGUAAUUGGUUUGUAUGCCAGCAACUGGACUCACAGUACUACUCUGAUGUUGGCCUCAUUUCUCUGUGGAACUCCGACAUACAGAAUUGGGAAUUAUUCCUUUGCAAUUCUCGAAUUGAUAUUCUGUGAUGCUGCCAACUACCAAAUUGCCCAGGAAGUGAAUCGAGAAUUAAAUUUGGAUGCCGUAGUUUUCAUAAUGAAUGAUAAUGAAGGUGUCAAGGGUCUGGGUCACAUUAAGGAUUUACUAAAUGCCAAGGGGUCCAGAGAGGAGCAAUAUUUCAAAAACAAAGUGGAAUCUUCGUAUUUCGUUUUCAAUGACAUGCAUUUCUCGGCCCUGCAGUCAGUUGUGGGCGAACUUAACAUUGAAACGGUGACAGUCAUGCUGCAUCCAUUGACAGCCACCUACUAUGAUCCAGAUCGCAAGAUCUGGUCUGGACCUCAGCGUAAGGAUGUGUACAAUGAAAAUAUAACAUUGGGCGAAGUGAUCUAUGCAACGCUCUCGAAACAUCCACAAAAAAUCAUACAAAUCCAUGAUGUUAGCGGUGUGAAGCUGACCUGUGCUGAGCUACUGCAUCAGGCCAAGGCAUUGGCAAGGAAUCUUUUGAAGUUAGACCUCAAAGUGGGCGAUGUAAUCGGUUUGUAUGCCAGCAAUUGGACUCACAGUACUACUCUGAUGUUGGCCUCAUUUCUCUGUGGAACUCCGGUGAAUGCUUUGUAUCCUGCUUUCGAUAAGGAGAACGUUGCGCUGAUAUAUAAAAUAACUCGCCCCAAGUUGAUAUUCUGUGAUGCUGGCAACUACCAAAUUGCCCAGGAAGUGAAUCGAGAAUUAAAUUUGGAUGCCGUAGUUUUCAUAAUGAAUGAUAACGAAGGUGUCAAGGGUUUGGGUCACAUUAAGGAUUUACUACAUGCCAAGGGGUCCAGAGAGGAGCAAUAUUUCAGAUAUCCCUGCUACGAUCUCAAGGGCGAUGACACGGCCAUAAUCAUAUGUUCAUCGGGCACGACAGGCACUCCAAAGGGAGUUCGUUGCUCUCAUCGUGCUUUUCUCAAUCAGAAUGUUUUUCUAACCCUGAAAACCGAUUCGGUAACAUGCAGCUUCAGCACUCUGUAUUGGAUAUCUGGAGCAUUAGCCCUUAUUUCCUCGCUGACAACUGCCUGCUUACGUGUGGUGACCUCCCAAGCCUAUUCCCCUGAAUAUUUUCUCGAUUUGGUUCGCCGCUACAAGAUUACCCAUUUUCUGGGCGGAGGAAAUUUCAUGGCCGAAUUAAUUAUGUAUGCCGAGGAGGAGGUUAUUCAAAAGAGUUUGGAAUCCAUCGAUACGAUGUUGAUUGGUGGCUCCAAAGUCCUACAGGCUGUCCAAGAGAAAAUGAACAGUAUUUUGGCAUGCAAUAGUCAGAGACCUGGAUUUUGUGUUGCCUAUGGCAUGUCGGAAUUGUCGGGAAUGCUGAGCAUUAGCGGUGGUCAUGUCAUGGAACGGCUGGAGGGUUCCGAAGGCAAACUGGUGGCCAAUAAACAGGUUCGAAUUAUCGAUAAAUUAGGUCGGAAUUUGGGACCCAAUGAACAUGGUGAAAUUUGUAUUCUCACACCGUACACUUGGUCGGGAUAUUACCAAAACCCCGAGGCCACAAGUAAGGCUUUGCGCAGCAAUUGGUUACAUACCGGUGAUAUCGGCUAUUUCAAUGACGAAGGAUUUUUGCAUGUCUGCGCUAGGGACAAUGAUGUCUUCAAAUCGAGAAAUUUCCAAAUCUACCCACAGCUUAUAGAAGAGGUGAUCUGUCGCAUCCCCGGAGUAGCAGAAUGUUGUGUAUUCGGUAUUCCUGAUUUUGUGGCCUCCCAUUUGACGGCUUGUGCUGUGGUGCGAACGCAAAAUGCCGAUGGCCUAAAGUUGACCACCAAGGAGAUUGAUCAGCAUGUUAAGGCCAAUAUGGGUAGCAUGUAUCAUUUGAGUGGUGGUGUUUAUUUUGUGGAAGCUAUACCCAAGACCGGGUCGGGCAAAGCGCAACGGCGUAAAGUUUUGGAUCUUGUGAUGAAAAUAAAAAAGGAGGGAGGUGAAGAAAAACCAUAAUAUACGUAUUAUAUAAAAGUGUAUGAUAUACGUGUAUGGUUUUGUGUGAACAUUGUGUUUAGAUAAAUAAAUAAUUAAGCAGAUGAAAACAGAAA